AAUGCUGCUUUGCGACAGUUUCACAAACACACAGCCGUCACGCUUUACGGUAGAGCGUGCCACCCGCCAGACAACUGUCUAAAGGAAAUGCGCAUUGGACUGCCCAGUGCAGAGACAUUGCAAGGUGGAUCCUUAAAAGCUUUAAUUUUGACGGUCCUCUUGAGUGUGUUUAUGUUCCAGCUGCUGAGGACUGUUGGACUGAGGGCCUUCUCCAUGGCAUCUGAGACAUACACAUCGGGCACACACUCUGCCGCUUUCGUCACCUGUCCUAAUGACACAGUAGCUAAAGACUUGGCCAGGGGUAUUGUGGAAAGGAAGCUAGCUGCUUGCGUCAACAUUGUCCCAGCAAUCACAUCUGUCUAUGAAUGGCAGGGGAAGAUUGAGGAGGACAGUGAGGUGCUGCUGAUGAUUAAAACAAGAAGUUCAAAAGUGCCUGCUCUUGCUGAAUAUGUCCGCUCUAACCAUCCUUAUGAGGUGGCCGAGGUCAUCAGUCCUGCCUAUUGACCAGGGCAACCCGCCCUACCUCAAGUGGAUAGGAGAAGUUGUACCUGAAUGAGCGCGGGCUGAUGCAUGAAGAUAAGAAUAAAUGGAUGGAUGGAUGUAAAACUGAUUUGCCUCUUUUCAAACAUACAACCAGUGCUUCAACAGGUCAGACACACUCUGAACAUGAGCAUACAAAUCUGUAAUGUCGUUACAAGGCCAAGGUAAUACAAAGUGAAAUUAUUUUACACACAUUGGGUGUUUUGAAAUUAAUAAAACAUAUUUUCUAGAAUA